CUUUUUUUCCCCACAAUGUCGAAUUCUGUCGGUACAAGGAAAACCUCUGCUCGUCGAGCGAGCCGUUUGGUCGCGUCUCCACCCAUCAGAGAAACCCUAAUCCUCGUCCCCUCCCCUCGAAGCCGCCAUCGCCAUGGCGACCCCCUUACGCCCGUCCGCGCCGGCCCCGUCCGCCAAGGGCGGCUGCGGCGGCGACCGCUGCGCCUCCGGCCGCGACGCGUGGCCGCUCCACCACUUCCGCCACGAGGGGGUCUUCUGCCUCCUCUGCUCCUCCUGCGUCCUCCUCUACAGCCCGUCCGCCUUCUGCUCCGCCUGCCUCCACCUCCUCGCCACCUCCCCCGCCGCCGCCAACGCUACCCCGGGCGACCCCGCCGUCGCCGCGCCCGGGCCCACCGCGCCCUGCUCCGCCUGCGGCGUCUCCGUCGCGCACCUCUCCUGCGUCCCGGGGGCGGACCGUCACCCCUUCGUCUGCCCGCCCUGCGCCGCCGCCGCCGAGGGCAGGGCCUUCUCCUUCGCGCCGGCGCCCGGCGGCCGCCCGCUCCAGGAGCGCGACGCAAGGGUCCUCCUCGUCGCGGCCCGCCUCUCGCACCACUCCGUCAGCCGCGCCGCGGCCACCGCCCGCGAGGAGGCUGAGCGCCGCGUCGCCGAGGCCGCCGAGGCUAGGAAGCGCACCCGCGAGAUGCUCGACGCCGCCUUCCGCGCGCUCGAGGCGGAGGCCAGGGACGCCAAGAUGAAGCCCGCCGUGCCCGCCCAGCCCCCACCACCCCCCAAGAAGAAGCCCGAGGCCACCCUGCCCCCGCCGCCGCCCCCGCCUCCCAAGAAGAAGCCCGAGGCCAUUAGGGACAAGGACAAGCUGCUCAAGCUCAACGCCAUGCAGCAGCCUGCGCUGGCGUUCGCCGCGGCUGCUGCUGCUGCGGCGGCGGCGACCACCUCGGUGCCAUUGCCGACGCCCUCAUACAAGGAGGAGAAGAAGCCUGUCGUGAAGCAGGAAGCGCAAGGUUCUGCGCCACCGCCGAGGGAGGAUAAGGAUCGCCCCCCGCUGUUUGGGACCUUGCAAUCGUGAGAUUGUUGGUUCUGUGUAAUCUGCUUCUUCCUUCCGCCUAUUCCAUUGCGCAUCUGUGCAGCUAAACAAUCCCGAGGAGAAACUGAAAUUUCUGAGUGUAGUGGUCUUGCAGAGUGUUAGGAUCCCCAUUUCAGAGUGAGCCUCCUCACCGCGUAAAUCCUAUUCUUGACAUGCUAGAUGAUCCUUCCAUCCAAUGGAUGCUGGUCUGCAUCCUGUAUUCUGAUUUUUCUCUUAUUCGUAGUGAUGAAAUGUUUUGCUGGUGGAUAAAUUUUGCGAGAUGAAAUGCAAUCAGGUUCUCCAGCUUCCAAUUGUGUUCGCAGAUGGUUUUGGUUGUUUCGACGGAGCUAGGUUCAGUAGACAGUGAGUGCUAUGCUCUAGUCGGACAGCAGGGUUUUAGAAGGACGAGCAUCCCUAUUGCUCAUUUGUUCUUCUUGCGCUGUGGGUUGGACCAAUGCUCGGUUGAUUGGUCGCUGUCUGCACAUGCUUCUCCUUCAUAAGUGAAUUCUAGAGAUGAUUGCAUUGUUAAAAUUGCCAAGAAAAUGGAGAUUGAUCGUAUUGAUAGAAUACAAUUGUGUGUUAUGCA